CAGCAGUCAUCCUUCAAGCAAGAAGAAGUAAGUGAGGCAGACCAGAAAUUCUGGCUGGCAGUGCGCGCGAGUAAGACCACGACCCAUUUCACAACCGAUCAACCUCCACAUCACAUCACCGACCGACUGACUGACGAUGAGCGACGUUCCUGUUGAGGUGCUGCAGGCGGGUCCCCGCCCCACCAUGUCCCACUGCAAGGGCAUCAUUGUCUUCUUGCACGGCUGGCCAGACACAAACGCCGUCUGGCACGAGCAAAUUGAGUUCUUCAGCAAGCACAAGUACCACUGCGUGUGCCUGUCGCUGCCGGGCUACAGCGGGUAUGUGCCAUCGGAGAGCUGGGGCAUGGACUUCCCGGAGGUGCGGGACUUGCUCAUCACCGCAAUCAAGACCGUGAGCGACGACCAGCCCGUGCACCUCGUCGCCCACGACUGGGGCACCAUCUUUGCCUACAUGAUCGAGCGCAAGUCGCCAGGGCUCGUCAAGACCCUGACCACCGUCGACGUUGGCGCAAAGGUCAAGCUGUCGUCCACGCUGGCAAAGCUCAUGGUCCCCGCGUACCAGCUCUGGCUCGUCUCUGCCUUCCUCAUCGGCAACAUUGUGCCCGUCAUCGGCAAGCCCAUCGGCGACACCAUGACCAGCCUGUGCGCCAAGUACUAUGCGCACGCGCCCGACUUCUCGCCAAACCACGGCUCCCACAUCAACUACCUGUACUUUUAUGUCUGGAAGGCCCUCCUCCUCGGCGGCACCGGUGGCACAACGUAUCUCAAGCACUACUCGCCCUCCCGCCCCACCCUCUACUGCUACGGCUCAGCCAAGCCGUUUCAGCUGCAUGCCAAGAGCUGGGUCAAGGAGCUCCAAGACCGCGACGACUGUCAGGUGAAGGCGUUUGACUGUGGCCACUGGGUGCAGGUCGACAAGGCAGAUGAGCUUUCCGAGACCAUCCUCGAUUUCAUCACCACACACACCAAGUAACGCGCCGCUGCCAGUGCUGCUGCCCCGCGUGUCGUGUUCUCUUCCCAACUUGCCUGCAAGCAUGCAUCCAAACAUGUGCUGGCAUGGUUGUUGUUACCGUGUCAUGUCGCGCCAGCCCGACUGUUCCUUCUCCGCUGUCACCACACGCACUCUUUCUUCGUCUGCAACGGCCUGCACGCGUGUGUUAUUGCGUUGCUCAGCUUGCCUGACGUGCCACUUGCUUCUGUGCCCCUGAGUAUGCAAUGUUACGUUCCGCCAACCCAAUACACGAUGGUGCGCUUGCUCACCAAAUGGUUCACACGGA